CCUCCUCUCCUCCCCCCCAUUAUUGUGUGUUUUUUUUUUCUUUCUACUAUUUAAUAAAGAUGUCAAAAGCUGCCAAAGCAACAUUAACUGCAUCUAUUUUAUUCUGUUGUGCAUCUGUGUUUAGUGUUCAUUAUUUUCAAACUGAAGAAAAAGAAAAUCUUAGAGCAGGUGUAUUACGGGAUGAAGAGAGAAGACAAAAGAAAGAGCAACAACAAUUAAAUAUCAAAGAACUUAAGGAACAACAUGAAUUACAUGAAGCUCUAUUAAAAACUCAACAAGUGAGUAAACCUCCAUCCAAUGAAUCAGUAGCUGAUGAAAAAAAAUAAAUAAAAUUGUAAUAAUAAUAAUAAAACAGAUUCCAUUUUAAUUAUUA